AUGCAGGCUACAUGGCCGCUGAUUUUCUUGGUGCUGCUGCUGGGCGCUGCUGUGGCACUGUGCAGCGUCCUCAUUUACGUGACGGAGUUGUACAGGCUUUGUCCGGCUUGGGCGCCUAUCCGUAGCUUCGAUCAGGAGCCCAUGGCAACAAAGCAAACGUACGGUGCUGCGUCCUCGGCUGCCACAGCGAACCUGGAACAAAAACUGCAGGUUCCAUGGGACUCCGUGGAGAAGACAUGGCAUCCAGUUCAUGGCGAGGUAGAGAUCCGGCCUGCAUUUUGCGAUACGCAGUACCUUCGCAGUCACAGCGCAUGGUGGGCUAGAGAUGAGCCUCAUUUCAAGGCUGCUAGUCUCGCUUGA